AUGGCGCUACUCCAUUAUAUACACCAUCGAGGGCAGGCAGGGUCGUUGCGGACCGGCCAAGAGCAGGGUCGACAUGCCGUCGAGUUAGUUCCGAAGACGGACUCGCUCCAGGAAAACCCUCGGUACACCACCCCGCCAGUUCGUCCUUCGCUUCGCGGAACGGGUGGCCUCCCGACUUGCAUGGUCCCUCGGGGAGAGUCCUUCUGCGACGGGCAUGCGGGUCGCGAGGUCACGAUAGAGACAGCGGGCAACUAUGAGCUCAGAGCUAAGCAGUGCAGUAUAAGGACAACUUUGAAGUUGACUCGGACUCCGCUGCGACGCGCGCUGCACGUGAUGGGCGCGCUCAAGGCGCGCUCGCCUUCGAAGCGGUCGUCCGACGGUGACGGUCGUCCUCUUCCUUGUCUCAGUCGCCAGCGGCCCAUCCAUUCACUCGUUGUCGCCCUCCUCUUCCACGCGCGCGGUACCGGAAGCGUCCCUUCUCGGUUCCGUUUCGUCCGAACACCGGCUCCGUCUGAGAGACUCUGUCCCGGCCCGUCCUACUGUCCCCAGACUCUCCUAGCGAAACUGCAAUACUCACCGGUGGGUGCUUCCUUGGGUGUACGAGUGAUCCGUCCUUCGCCGUCAGGGUCUGGGCUGAACCAGAGCCACAACAUCCCACGAUCCAACCAUGGCGCGAAGAGAGCGACUAAUAGUACCAGUGUAGUACCACAGCCUACCACUGGCAAUGAGGUCGGCGUCGACGAUGGCAAGCUCGCUGUGAUGCCCUGGUGA